AUGUCGGGUCCGCGCGCGGGAUUCUACCGGCAGGAGCUGAACAAAACAGUAUGGGAGGUGCCGCAGCGGCUGCAGGGCCUACGCCCGGUGGGCUCCGGCGCCUACGGCUCGGUCUGCUCGGCCUACGACGCGCGUCUGCGCCAGAAGGUGGCUGUGAAGAAGCUGUCUCGCCCUUUCCAAUCCCUGAUCCACGCGAGGAGGACCUACCGCGAGCUGCGCCUCCUCAAACACCUGAAGCACGAGAACGUGAGAGGGCGGGCCAGUGGUGUGGGGAUUGAACAACCGACACUGCCUGGUGGGGGCGGGAGCGAACCGGGAGGGGAGGGGCCUUUAGGGGACACGCCCCCAUAUGGGCGGGGCUCAAACCAGCGGGGCGUUGCCUACAGCUGUGCUGUGGUCCUGCCUCGGUUCCCUGCCCAGGUCAUAGGGCUUCUGGACGUCUUCACGCCGGCCACAUCCAUCGAGGAUUUCAGCGAAGUGUACCUGGUGACCACCCUGAUGGGCGCUGACCUGAAUAACAUCGUCAAGUGCCAGGCACUGAGCGAUGAGCAUGUUCAGUUCCUUGUCUACCAGCUGCUGCGUGGGCUGAAGUAUAUCCACUCGGCAGGCAUCAUCCACCGGGACCUGAAGCCCAGCAAUGUGGCGGUGAAUGAGGACUGCGAGCUUAGGAUCCUGGACUUCGGGCUAGCGCGCCAGGCUGAUGAGGAGAUGACUGGAUACGUGGCCACACGUUGGUACCGGGCGCCAGAGAUCAUGCUGAACUGGAUGCACUACAACCAGACAGUGGACAUCUGGUCUGUGGGAUGCAUCAUGGCUGAGCUUCUCCAAGGAAAGGCCCUCUUUCCGGGCAACGACUACAUCGACCAGCUGAAGAGAAUCAUGGAGGUGGUGGGCACACCCAGCCCUGAGGUUCUGGCAAAGAUAUCCUCGGAGCAUGCCCGGACAUACAUCCAGUCUCUGCCCCCCAUGCCCCAGAAGGACCUCAGCAGUGUCUUCCAUGGAGCCAACCCUCUGGCUGUAGACCUCCUUGGAAGGAUGCUGGUGCUAGACAGUGACCAGAGGGUCAGUGCAGCUGAAGCCUUGGCCCAUGCCUACUUCAGCCAGUACCAUGAUCCUGACGAUGAGCCAGAGGCUGAACCCUAUGAUGAAAGUGUUGAGGCCAAGGAGCGCACACUGGAGGAGUGGAAGGAGCUUACUUACCAGGAAGUCCUUAGCUUCAAGCCCCUGGAGCCAUCGCAGCUGCCUGGCACCCAUGAGAUUGAGCAGUGAGGCCUGAGGGGAGGCCUGGGCCUGCCCCCUUUCCUCAGCUUUCCAGUUUUCCUCAAGAGGUGCCUCUCAGGCAGCCCUGACACGUAACCUGGGACCCUUUGCCUUGAGAAAACUCUACACAUCUAACACACAUGAAUGCACGAAUGUGUACAUAUGCCUGCCAUUAUGUGCUGGAGUCCAGGCAGUAGUGUUUCUGGGCCUACCUUGGUCCACCCAGGUUCUCCUUGGGACCUCUGUGGGGGAUCUGAAUGUGUCCCUGUCUGGAAUCUCUUCUGCUCUGAAGACUCUGGAUUGGGAGAAAGGCAAAUGGGCCAUGCCCCC